AGUGAUUUCGGCAUUACACCACAAGUCAACACAAAAUGUGCGCGUGUCGACAGAAAAAGUCUUCCUUCUUUAUAAAAGAUAUUCUAUGUAAAGAUAAGAAAGUUACCGACAACGGCGAUACUGGUAAGGAUGUUCACACAGAUACCAGUAUUCGGAGAGUCCCGGAAUUAGAUAUUGAACAUAGAAGAAACACAUUUCCUGUGUAUCCCACACCGAUUAAACCAAAUUAUGGCUGGCCAUACAAAUUGAAGAGCUUUGAAAGACAACCUGCUGUAUAUAGCGAACCUUUCAAUUCCAACCUCUUGCGCGGUCAGUUAUCUUGGAACAGGUUCCCGUCGCCGCGGCCGGCGUCAUUUAGCUUACGGCUGCCUUACAACAUUGAAAGAGCAUCGUGCUGCAGUCCUUGGUGGGGCGUGGGUGGAAGAAGAAAAGGGGGGCAGGUGAGAUUUAGCGCUGCGCAAACGGGUGCUCUUGAACGGAGGUUUAGUGCAAGUAAAUACCUGAGUCCUGAUGAGAGAAGAGCAUUGGCUUCAUCGCUAAGACUUAGCGAUAGACAAGUUAAAACGUGGUUUCAAAAUCGACGUGCUAAGUGGCGUAGGACCACAUCAGAAUGUUCAGACCCCGGCAGCCCCAACAGUGCUAAUGAGGAAUCUGAUGAUGAUGUACUCGUUUCUGAUCCUUGACAUUAAGGUUUACACUAUACCUUAAAAUAUUUCACGACGCCAUUUCUAAACAAAUAUGUUUAUAAAACUGUGAGGUACAAAAUAAGAAUUACAAGAUUACUUUGAAUUUAUUUAUAUAAUAGAUUCACAUAAAUUUGUUUUCAACUAUAGAAUGGCUUAAUAUUCGUAUUUAUGUAAAUAUGUGUUUAAAUAAAUUUCAGAAAUAUCAGAAAGUUUAGUAUAAUUUCAUACGAAAUUGUUAGAUUUUUUUUGAAAAGUAUGUCUAGUCAAAAGUAGGAGUGGAAGUUAGAAUGUUUUUAAUGUAUAAUUUUGUAUUUAAAUAGUUUAUGUAACUAUAAACCAACCUUCUCAAUCAUUCCUACCUACCAUAGUUUUAAGUCUACAGCCGCAGGUGGGGCUAAUAAAGUACAACAAUAUUUAGAAUGUUAAUUAUUUUCAUUUCAUAUUAUGUAUUAUGUUUAUAUUGCUACUUGGCAAGUUUUACCACAUCUGUUAUAUUACUUAUUAUUAAUCGUGGAAUUGCAACGUGGUUAACACAUUGAAAUAAACUUCUUUUACGGCUAUUAACACCAAUAACAUUAGAUUUACACGAAGAUAAUAAAAAAGUGUGUCUACUUAUGUACACGCGUCAGAAGUUAUACUUCUUUGGCGUAUGGAAAAAAAUAACUAAAAUGCGGUAGUGA